AUGACGAUGAACCAAAGAAGGACGCCGCUUUUGCUCCUAGCGGUCUUUGCUGCUUUAAGUCAGCUGACCUUUGUUGCCCCAAAGGAUGCCACCUUGCCAAAGAGAGCAAAGGAUGUUUCACAGGAUAUCAAGACCGAGCACCAAGAUGAGCUUGAAAGGGUGGAGGCUUUGAGACAAGACUCUCUCGAGGCCUGCCUGCUCGCUGCGGAGGAUGAGAGUCAGCUUGAGCUCUGUCAAGAGCUCAGCUACGAGCUGAAUACAGCAGAGCAGCUGCUCUUCAAACGUCGGAGCGACUUCCGCUAUGUCGAAUCUGAUAGCUUUUAG